AAUUCACCCACUCCCACAUGGCAGCUCUGGGGCUGCUUUUGUACUCCCACACCUGGACACCAUGGGGUUUCACCCCAGCAGGGCAGGACCAGGUGCCAAAAUCCUUUUCCCACCAGUUCAGCAGAGCAGCUCACCCCAUUGUCAGGCCUGUGGUCUCACUUGCAAGGUGAAUAAUUAACUUUGGAACUCGCUCAGCGCUCCUCACACACACACACACACCUCUUCCUCUCUUUUAAAUGCCUCGGCAGAAUGAAAGUGAAACAGUGCCAGAGUCUCUCCUGGGGAGAUAACAGGUGAAGGUGCUGGAGGUCUUGUGUGUUUGGGGACAGGCCUGUUUUUGCCACUUCCGACUGCCAUUUUCCAGACGGCAAAGGAGGAUGGAGUGCGGCACUAUUCCUGGAGGAAGCUCCUUGGGCAGCGCGGGUGCUCAGGAUGCUGCUCCAGUUAGUUGAGUGAUUUGGAAAAACACCCUUGUUGAAAGACAUAAUGAAUAGAAGCAUGGAGUUAAACCCGAGGAGCAUGACCUCAGAACCAGCAAACAGUGCAGGGAAGGAAAAGAGGGAGAUUGCUUCCGAGCUGAGCAGCUCAAGUCUGAAUAGCAUGGACAGUGGGUUCUUUGAAAGAGGUAUUAAAACAAUGUUAAGUAUACAGAAAUCAAAACAAAGUCUGAACAAAGAGAAAGAAAAGGAAGGUACUGGCACUUGGAAAGGAAAACUACUUUCUUUGCAAUUCCCCAAGAGCUAUGAGAACAAAACCACGAUGUGUAAUGGCGUGCAGGAGGUUAGUGAGAAGAUAGAAGCAGAGCCCAUUCAAGGAAAACCUCUUUCAGUAAUGGAAAUCAAUGAACUUAUUCAGAAAAGGCAACUUUUAGAAGCAUUUGCAAGCAUCAAGUAGUUGGAAUAUGAGACUAUCACUGAAAGGGAUGCUGAGAAAUACAAAAAUAACCCCCAGGAGUUUGUACGGAAAUCCAAGGAUGUGGAUUUGCUUUAUAACUCCUUCACAAAUGUGAUCCAGGCCAUCGCAGUGGGAACACUGGAGCAUCCCACUGUAGAGGAUACCAUGCUGACCUCCCUGGUGACUUUAAUUGCCUACGAGGAAGCAGCUCAUCCUAACACAGGCAAUGCUGGUCAUCCUGGGUCAGAAUUGCUUGGCAUGCCCAGAAAGUGGAAGGAAGUGUGGAAGGAAGCUAUCAAUGAGAGUGCUAGGAAAAGGGUCCUGAGGGUACCCAUGGCAUUGAAGGAAGAAGACAGUUCGUGGCUUAAUCGUCACUUGGGUUUCCUCCAGAAACACCUGAGUGAAGACUUACUAAAAAUCAAGCUAUCAGUACAAAAGUGCUAUCCGGAGGAGUACCAGGUGUGUGACAUGUAUGUGGAGGCUUUUCACAAGGCCAUUGCCUCACAUUUGCAAGAUCUCUCCCAGAGACCCCUGGAGUUCAAUGAGCUCUACACCUUGUUCAACUGAGUGGCGAACACUUACUGCAGUGAACUCUUUCUGGGUAACCCCGAUCUCAAACCAGAAAUGAAGACAGAAAACCUGUCCCUGCUGUUAACGCCAGCUGUUUGGGAUAAACUGAAAAACGACUACAUCACUUCUGCAGAGGGAAAAAUCAAAAGCUGUUUUGGAAACAUCCUGAGACUGGAGGUCAUGGAGAAGUGGGAGAAGGAAGUUCACCCAGAAGUGAAGGAAAAUCUCUACCAGUCUUCACUCUCCUUAGACAUUCAAACGAUCAUCGGGGAGCACAUGAAGGUAUCUAGAGCAAUCAGCAGAAGCCUGGAAACAAAAAUGCUUGAUCUGUGUCUGGCAGAGCUGCACAAAUUCAUACCAAGGUUCGAGGAGGAGUUUGUGGUGUGGAGCACUGCCCAAGACAGCCCCAUCUUUGCACCCUAUUUUGUCGCCUACAUCAACAACUUCCAUGACCUGCUGUCAGGGUUAGAAGCGAUGUUUAAAGUCACCACUGAGGAACUGCAGAAGAUUGUGGCAGCUCUGACAAGGAACUUCACAAGUAUUUUUUUAAACAAAUUAAGAAAAAAACCACAGGUAAGAGCAUCUUGGGCACACUGGUUUAGCUGCCUCAUCCAGCACCCUGCUGUCCCCCAGCAGCACCCUGCCACCCAAGGUCAGUACUGCUCCCCCCAGUGGUCCCCUGUGCCUCUUUGUUUGCAGGGCUCUGACGCUGACUGGCUCGUUCCCGCCAUGAACCACAUUGCCAGUAUCACUGGGGAGAAGAAAAAAGACAAAAUCAAGGAGUACGUCAAGGAGCUGUGUCAGGAUUAUCCAGAUAUCAGGAAGGAGCAUGUCCUGGCGCUCCUCGCACUACGGGGCCUGGGGCACACCAGGAGAGCAGCGAUUUUUCGGCAAGGCUACCAUGGGCCGGAGAGCCCUGAUGGUGGGGAGGGCAGCACACUCUUCACUGAAAUUGAUGUCCCAGUGAUCAAUUGA